AUGGAAGUUGUAGUUGUUGGUGGUAAUGGACUUAGAGGGAAUGCUUAUUUACGUAAAAAUAGUGAUGAUGAAUAUGAUGAGUAUUAUCAGAGGCGCGAGAAAGUAAUAAUAUUUACGGCUACUGCAGUUGUUAUAGCAGUGGAACAGUAUAAGAAAGUGUUUCUAUGUAAACAACUUUAUCGUAAUGAGACUCGACGUGGCUCCGUUGAGACACAACGAAUCAUUGGACAUACUGACAAGACAUGUCGAAACAUGAUAAGAAUGAGUCGAAAGGCGUUCUUUAACCUAUGUCAGGUGAUGCGUGACAAGGGUCUUUUGUAUGAUACAAAUAACGUUCAAGUGGAGGAACAAGUGGUUAUUGUUUUAUAUGCAAUCGGUCACAAUGUUAAGAACCGUGUCCUCUUACAUUUGUUUGGGCAUUCAGCAUAUAAUUCACGAAUAUUAGAUGAUGCCAUUCACAGAGAAGGUGAGGCAAAACUACCAGUUCCUAGAGGUAAAUUCUAUCUUGUAGAUGCAGGGUUUGCAAACCAGAAGGGGUUCUUAAGACCCUACCAUAACGUUCGAUAUCACUUGAAAGAGUGGAGAAAUUCGAAUGUUUCACCUGCCGACAAGAAAGAAUUGUUUAACUUGCGUCAUUCAAGAUUACGUAACAUAAUUGAGCGAGCUUUCGGAUUGUUGAAGUCAAGAUUCAAGAUUUUGAAAAGCCAACCAGAGUAUUCUUUCAAGACUCAGGCUAGGAUUGUACAAGCUUGUGUUAUGAUACAGAAUCAUAUCCUUACCCAAAAUAGUGUUCAAGAAGAAGAGGAAUGGCUUGAACAGGAGAAUGCAGUUACAAGUGAGAAUACUAAUGAAGAAGUAGAAGACAAUGAUGAAAAUAGUGAUAAGGAUUCUGACGUUGAUGAUGAAGAUGAUAACUUUGAUCAAGAUCAAUUCCGAGAGGAGAUGGCUGAUUAUAUGUGGAAUGAUUGGAUGGCAAGAGAUGAUUCAAAUGAAGAAAUGCAUGUUUCUUCAUAUGAAUCACAAUAA